UUUGGGGUCAGUGGUACAGAAGCAUCAGUGCAGCAGUAAAGGAAAGAAUCUUCAUCAACACACCUGUCCUCUAGUCACCUCUGCAGCUCGGAGCAGACAAAAUGACACAGGAUUAUUCUGGGUUCCCCUUAGUUAGGAAUGUGUUUAACAAUGGCACGGUGGCCCUCAACAACCCGGCGGAUAUCUCCGUCAUUGUGAUCUACUUUUUGGUUGUCUUGGCAGUCGGAGUAUGGGCUAUGGUGAGCACAAACCGAGCCACAGUAGGUGGAUUCUUCCUGGCAGGAAGAAGCAUGGUGUGGUGGCCUAUUGGGGCAUCUCUCUUUGCCAGCAACAUUGGCAGUGGGCAUUUUGUCGGCAUUGCAGGGACUGCGGCUGCAGGUGGAAUUGCCAUUGGCGGAUUUGAAUGGAAUGCCCUUGUGGUGGUGAUCAUUCUUGGAUGGCUCUUUGUGCCCAUUUACAUCAAAGCUGGGGUGGUGACCAUGCCAGAGUACUUGAAGAAGAGGUUCGGAGGCCAGCGCAUCCGCAUCUAUCUCUCAGUGCUCUCACUCUUCCUCUAUGUCUUCACUAAGAUCUCAGCGGAUAUGUUCUCUGGAGCCAUCUUUAUUAACCAGGCUCUGGGGCUGAAUAUCUACCUAGCUGUGGUUCUCCUACUAAGUAUCACUGCUCUAUACACAGUCACAGGUGGACUGGCUGCAGUGAUCUACACAGACACUUUGCAGACUAUCAUCAUGGUCGUGGGAUCUUUCAUCCUCAUGGGUUAUGCCUUCAAUAAGGUGGGAGGUUAUGAGAACUUCCAGGAACGCUACAUGAUGGCCAUGCCUACUCGGACUGGGGUCAACAUCAGUAAGAGAUGCUACACCCCUAGGCCUGACUCCUUCCACAUCUUCAGGGACGCGGUGACAGGGGACCUGCCCUGGCCAGGCCUGGUGUUUGGUCUCACUGUCCAGGCCACCUGGUAUUGGUGCACUGAUCAGGUGAUUGUCCAGCGCUGUCUAUCUGCCAAAAGUCUGUCUCAUGUCAAGGCUGGCUGCAUCCUGUGUGGCUACCUGAAGCUGUUGCCCAUGUUCGUCAUGGUCUUCCCUGGCAUGAUCAGCCGAAUCCUCUACCCAGACGAGGUGGCGUGUGUGGACCCAGAUGAGUGCCAGACGUACUGUGGUGCCAGCGUGGGCUGCACCAACAUCGCCUAUCCUAAACUAGUGGUAGACCUCAUGCCAAAUGGUCUGCGAGGCCUGAUGCUGUCGGUGAUGAUGGCGUCUCUGAUGAGCUCCCUGACCUCCAUCUUCAACAGUGCCAGCACCCUGUUCACCAUGGACAUCUACACCAAGAUACGCAGCUCUGCCUCCGAGAAGGAACUCAUGAUCGCUGGGAGGGUAUUUAUCCUGGUUCUGAUCGGGGUGAGUAUAGCGUGGAUCCCUGUGGUCCAGUCUGCUCAGAGCGGCCAGCUCUUUGACUACAUCCAGUCCAUCACCAGCUACCUGACCCCGCCCAUCGCAGCCACCUUCGUGCUCGCCAUCUUCUGUAAGCGUGUCAACGAGUCGGGUGUGUUCUAUGGGCUUAUGAUAGGCCUGGCCAUUGGUCUAUCCAGGAUGAUUGCUGAGUUUGCCUAUGGGACGGGCAGCUGUGUGACCCCUACUAACUGUCCUGAGAUCAUUUGUGGGGUCCACUACCUCUACUUCUCCAUCAUUCUGUUCUGCAUUUCGUGCUUGGUGAUACUCACCAUCUCCCUCAUGACCAAACCCAUUGAAGACAAACAUUUGUACCGGUUGUGCUGGAAGCUGAGGAACCACACAGAGGAGAGGUUGGAUCUGGAGAUAGAUGAUUGGACAGAAAACCAAGAUACAGACUAUAUGGAUAUUGAAGAGCCCACAGAGGAGCCAGGCUGUUGUAAGAAGGCAGUGUUGAACUUCUGUGGUUUGGAAAAGUCGAAUGCUCCCACGCUGAGUGCUGAGGAGCAGGCUGAGCUGCAGAGGAAACUCACAGACACAUCAGAGAAACCCUUGUGGAGGAAUGUGGUCAAUGCCAAUGGCAUUAUCCUCCUGUGUGUCUGUGUCUUCUUCCACGGUUUCUACGGUUAAACAUCUCCUCAUCCUGGACCUCCACUGCCCUAGAGUCUGGACUGUCUAACCAUAAACUUGAGUAGUCUCGUCUUUCAACCCUGAAAUCCCCCCCAGACUCACGAUGCACUGUACAUGGCAACCUCUCUUAUCCAUCAUCUGGGGGCCUGAACUGUUUUAUCCACACCCCCGUAACGUGGUCAAUGCUAUGACCGCCUUGGCUUCAAGAUACCCUGCUCCAUACCUGUUAGACUGUCCUAGACACUAUCUGGGAGUCACAAAACUCCUUUGUUUGGUGUUCUUUGCUUUGUGGACUUUUACAUUUUGUGUAUGUACGAUGAAUGUGUAAUGAUGAUAAUAAUGAGGAUGAUGAUGCUGAUGGAGGAUCUGAAUAGGACUUAGUGUAAAAUUGUAUCCAAUGUUCACUUUGAUCUUUCUGCCCUUCAUGAAGUUACUAUAGUUUGGUAUAUUGCAACCACUAGGUGGAGCUACAGUAUGAAUAAACUUAAGAUUGAACAAUAUCAUUACCAAGGUAACACUGUAUAGCCAGUGGAUUUAAUGGCAUUGAGACAUAAAAUGUAAUGGAAUGAGAGGACAAAUACCAUAUACAUGAGCAUGCAUGACAUGUACUAACUUUGUAAUCUAAUUAAUAAUGUAUUCCAUCUUAGUUAGAAAAAAGUUGAACACUAACAUAUUUUUCAGAGGGAGGGACGCACCAACUCACACAUUCGAUCUCCUACCUUGAAUCGAGCCUGGUUUUUGUGACGUGCUAUCAAAGAAUUUUUUUUUGUUGCCAUAUUUAAUAUUUUCUCUAGCUGUCAUUUUGUUUUGCUACGUGCUAAUGAAUGAUAUCUCAAGGAUGGAAGRAGCAGGGAAUCUUCUCAUAAUACUGGAGUAAUAAUCCACUCAAUACACACACACACACACAUACGAGCCAGCCUGCUUGUCACAACACCUGGAGUACCAACAAUGUAAAAUGCCACGGCCAAGGUUGGUUUACACUCUGUUAGUGUAAGUAUACCUGUUGCAAGAAGUAUACCCUAACCCUAGAAUGGUAUUAGAGUUGUUCCAUGUAAUUUCACCAUGACACCCACCAUCUCUGUUUCUAACUAAAGAAAUUGUUAAUUUAAACUGAGUUUAAAUGUAUUUGGCUUAGGUGUAUGUAAACUUCUGACUUCAACUGUAUAUAAAAUUGUUUUAAGAUGGUCAUACCAUGGAUCAUUUAGCUAUUUGAUUUAGAAAUGUAGGACCACUGUAGGUAUUCCAAUUUUCAGGAUGUCUCCUGGUCUGACAAACAGUGCUGGAACUCUGCCACUUUCCAAUACAGAUGCGGACAUAGGCGGAUGUAGUGGAUUGAGACGGAGCCAUGCAAAGAAACAGAUAUCUUUAGCUGAUUAAUUUUGAUGAGGAUUUUUAAGGCCCACAACAUCAAAGAUCCACCACCAUAUUUUACAGUUGGUAUGAGAUUAUUUUCUGUAUAUGCAUCCUUCUUUUGACGCCAAUCCCACUAUUUGACGCCAAAUAGAUCUAUUUUCAUGUCAUCCAACAAAUGUAAAUGCCUGGCGUUUGCUAAACAGUACUGGCAAUUGGAUUGGAACCGGUGCUAUGGUCAGAUGACAUGAAAAUAGGGCUCUUUGACCACGCACACCAGUGGUGGGUUUAGUGUUGAAUGAUGGAAGCAUAUGCAGAGAAAAUACCUACUGUAAAAUAUGAUGGUGGAUCUUUGAUGUUUUGGGUCUAUUUUGCUUCCUCUGAACCUGGGGCCCUUGAUAAGGUCAAUGGAAUCAUGCACUGACACAAAUCACUGAUGAUUGGCUGAAAUAAAUUAAUAAUAAUAAGAUUGUGGGAGCUGUUUUGUAAGACUUCAGUGUAGCUUUUGACAUUGUCAAUAAUAGUCUGCUACUGUUAUGGCUUUACAUCCUCUGCCAUAUCUUGGAUUGGGAGUUACCUAUCUAACAGAACACAGAGGGUCUUCUUUAAUGGAAGCCUCUCUAACGUAAACCAGGUAAAGUUUGGCAUACCUCAAGGUAGCUGUCUUGGUCCCUUGCUUUUUCUAUUUUUUACUAACGACCUAGCCUUGAGUAAAGCCUGUAUGUCUAUGUACGCUGAUAACUCAACAUUACAUACAUACUGUACAUACCCCACAAGACAUGCCACCAGGGGUCUCUUCACAGUGGGAAACACACAGUACA